AUGAUUGAUUAUGAUCAACGAUAUUUAAAUAGUAAAUAUUUACAAAUGAAUCUAUUGGAUUCGAUUGAUAACAGCAACAUCAAAGAUAAUUCAUCGAACGGUUAUUAUACAAAUAGUUCAUCUUUAACAUUUUCAUCAUUUGACAAUACACCAUUUAAACUUGAAGAAGAAGAACUUUACCAAAAUCUUGAACAUACAACAACAUUUACAUUAUGUUCUGAUCCAGAUUCGGAACCAUUGUUGUCGUCUUCUUCUAUAUCAAAUAUUUUAUUUGAAAAUGAAAAUACUUCUAAAUAUCCAUUAAAAUAUUCAUUAUCAUUUACGAAUAAUAAUGAAAAUAAAAUUCAUGAAAAUUAUCUUUAUCCAACACGAACUGUUGAUGAUAUUAUGAUCACCACCACGGGGAAAAGUCGUCGAGAGCUUAGUGCUGUACAUGGUUUCUCGGAGGAACAAAUCGCAGUUUUUGAAGAAUCGUUCAGUGUUCUCGAUCGAGAUCGUGAUGGACAUAUUAGCGAUUAUGAAAUAAGAUCGUUGAUGAAUUCACUUGGAUAUAGUCCAAGCGAAGAGGAUAUUGGAGCUGUGAUUAAAAAAGUUGACCUUGACGGAAAUGGUAAAGUUGAUUUUGAAGAAUUUUUAACUAUGAUGCAAAGAAGAAAGUCAACGGGUGAAUUGGACCAUGAAUUAAAGCAUGUAUUCGAUGUAUUUGAUAAAAAUCGUGAUGGAUUCAUCGACAAAGACGAACUAUAUGAUAUGUUAAAAAGAUUAGGAGAAAAUAUUACCGAAGAAGAUGUGGUUGAUAUGAUAGAAGAAGCUGAUACCGAUGAAGACAAUAAAGUAUCUUACGAAGAAUUUAAAGCAAUUUUAUAUUCGAAAUGA